AUGUCCAUGUCCAGACACGCGUUGACGCAUGCGGCUUCCCCAACCACGACGCGUGAGCGGCUCAUAGACGUUCCACUCCCUGAGGCAGUCCGGCCUUCCUCGAUAUCAAACUAUAUCGGCCAGUCCCAUUUGCUCAAUCCUCAAGAUGGCAUAUUGGCAAACUACAUCCGUUUAGGUUACCUACCCUCGAUGAUACUCGUUGGUCCACCGGGAAGUGGCAAGACGACCUUGGCACGCAUUAUUGCUCAUGAAUGUGGAUACCCCCGGGAAAUGAUUUUUGAAACUUCGGCAACUACAAUGACCACGAACCUCUUGAAGGAUCUCAUCAAGUUCCAGCAAUCACUGCUGUUGCUGCUGCUGCGCCACCGGCUGAUUGUAAUUUUCAUCGAUGAAAUCCACAGAUUGACCAAACUCCAACAAGAUUGGUUGCUUCCUUACGUCGAGGACGGCUCGUUUAUCCUCAUUGGUGCAACUACAGUUCUAACUCCAAGCAAGAGGAUACGACGUGCGAUAUUGUCUCGAUGUCAGGUGUUUGCAAUGGAGAGACUUUCUACUGACGACGCGAAACGCAUGUUGCAAUCGGCCGUGGAGUUUAUCAAUUUGAAACGAGCGCAUUUGCUUCGCGUAGGACAGUUGCAGUUUGAUUCCGAGUGUUUGGAGGCUAUAGUGGAACACGUUGAAGGCGAUUGUCGUGCGGCUAUCAACAUGAUUGAGUUGGCUAGUCAAUUGUUUUGCCAAACCAAAAAUAACACCGCGGUGGGCAAAGACGACAUUCGUCCGAUUUUGACCACGUUGGAGAAGGACUCAACCAAGACAGAAGAGCUUUAUCGUCAACUAUGGAAGAUAAUGAGCAGCGGGUCUGCAUUUUUCACCAAACAAAGAAACAACGAGGCCAAGUUGGAAUUGAACCCCGCGGAUUUCAAGGGCGAUCUAGAUGAGUACGCUACGCGUAUGGAAAACUCAGAUGACGGCGAUGUUGAAACACAUGAUGAAUCCGGCGCGGGAGACUCGUUGGAAACAUCGCCGCGUCAAAUUGCACUUGAUCGGUUCAUGACGAAUGCGAUAUACUAUGCGCUAUCAAUCUUGAACGCAGGUGAGACAUUUGCUACGUUUCAAAAAAGACUUUUAGUUUUCGUCUUGCAGACUUACCGAAUGAGCUUGCGAUUCUUGAGAGCGUUGCUUGCCCUUUGCAAGACGCGCGCCUUGGACUCGGGCGACAGUUUGGGCUGUGCAGUUCACGAUAUCAUGGAGCUCAUCAUGACGCAAGGUGAAAUUGUCGGCCACGAGCAUGUCUUGCAACCUUUCAGCUGCGCAAGGCGAUAUUUUUGGGGAAAAAAAAAGGUAGAGGCGAAGGAAUCAACCAAUACGGAGACUAAAGCGGAUGAAAAAUUCCAAAUCUCGUAUGACGACGAAGAAGUUGCUGCGUUGGACGUCGAGCCCACGUUGGCCCACGACUCGGUUCCCCAAAUUCCCUAUCCCGAGAUUGUCUAUGAUGAGGACCUCAUAAAGCAGCUUGAAACUGGACUUUGA